AUGACAACGGAAACGACCACCAUAACUUUUAAAUCACUUCAUUUAAAUCCUCCAACCAGGUAUCGAUCUAUUCCGAUAUCUUUACAUCUAAACAAAAGGACACCUCAACCCACAACUUUAUCCUUGAGCCUCAGGUCACCACCGGUACCCGUUAAGGAAGAUGAUUUCGGUCUUUGCGAGGAGUGCAAUAGACCAAAUUCAUCAAAGGGAUAUUGCUCCUCAUGUUCUUCUUCGCAUUUUCAAAAGAACUUUGAUAGAUGGACGAGUGGGAAUGAUGACAUUGAUAAAUUGAUAAAAUCAACACAGACCUCUAGUAGGCGAGCCUUUGUAGAGUGGAUACCGUACGAUGAUUUACAUGAUGUCAAAUACAUCUCCAAAAGUAGUUUCAGCACGACAUAUUCCGCUACUUGGACAUCUGGUCCGAUUAUGAAUUGGAAUCAAUCAAGUGAAGAUUGGAAUCUUUCGCUACUUAAUUGUUCUUAUCAACAACAUAAAGAAAUUAUGCCGAUAUAUGGGUUGACGCAAGAUCCCAUAACAAAAGAUUACAUGGUGGUAAUGAAAUUCGAACGAGGAAACUUGAGGAAUUUCAUAAAUGAUAAUUUCACUUCGCUUUCAUGGUCACAAAAACUCAAAUUACUUCAUUCAAUCGCCACCGGGUUACAUAAAAUUCACUCAUCAGGAUUAAGCCAUAAUAAUCUUCAUUCCGGUAACAUCUUUGUGAAAAAGGAAGAUAACGGAGAUUUAUCGGCAAUCAUUUCGGAUUUAGGGAUGUCGGGUCCAGCUGAUAAAUCAUAUGAUUUAUGUAACUCACGAAUCGAUACAUUUGGCGUGAUACAAUAUACGCCUUCCGAAAUCUUUCACGGUCGUAUUUACACAAAAUAUUCCGACAUUUAUUUCUUUGCAAUGUUGAUGUAUGAGGUCUCGACCGGUUUACCACCGUUUAUCAACGUUCCAUUUGACAAAUUGAAUGAGUUGAUAUUUGAUAUCUGCGAUGGUUUUAGACCCGCUUAUAAUUCCAAGGACAUGCCAAGGUGUUUUGAGGAAUUGAUGAAAAAAUGUUGGGAUGAUGAUGAGUUUAGCAGGCCACUCGCUUCUCAAUUGGUUGAUAUUAUUGGAAAUUGGAUAAGUGAGGAUAUUAGUAGGCGUGGUAACCUGAUUCGAUUGAAAUAUCCUUUAAGCAUAUACGAUAUUUAUAAGAGUCAACGAAUUAAUACCACCGAUUUGGGCGAUGAAGAUUUUGAGCAUGAUAGUGAAUCAAAUUUUGAGAAUGUGGAAAGUGAUGAAGACAUUGAACUUAAUACAGAUUUCGAACGAAAAGGUGAAUAA